GCUGGCUAGGGCCGGGGCCCGAGUUCAAGGGAGGGAUCUGAGACGCAGAUAAGGUCUCCCGGAAAGGAGGCCGCUGCAACAGGCGAAGACUGGGAGAGGGGAAUAGGUGGGACCCGAAGCGGAGCGGUGUUUAUGAGGACCGCGAACGGGACCUCCAGUCUACACUCCAGGCCCUGUCCCCUGAGCUCUGCCCUCGGAUGUCCGACCGCCCAGAGCCUGCAUGCGCCGUGGGGCGCCCCAGGACCAGGAGCUGGUGGGCCCAGGGGCCCCUGGCCGGGGGUCCCGGGGCGCCCCUUCUUCUUUGGGACCGGUUGUCCCGGUCCUUGUAUUUCCCCCGGAUCUAGUAUUUAGGGCAGACCAGCGGAGCGGACCCCGGCAGCUGUUGACUCUCUAUAACCCCACAGGAACUGCGCUUCGUUUCCGAGUUCUGUGCACAGCACCUGCCAAAUACAGGGUGUUUGACGCAGAAGGCUAUGUGAAGCCUCAGUCCUGCAUUGACAUUGUGAUUCGCCAUGUGGCUCCCAUUCCCAGCCACUAUGAUGUCCAGGACCGCUUCCGCAUUGAGCUGUCUGAGGAGGGUGCUGAGGGCCGAGUGGUGGGAAGAAAAGACAUCACCUCAGUUCUGAGAGCCCCAGCAUACCCCCUUGAGCUUCAAGGACAGCUGGACCCAACACCCCACCCUGGGCCUCCUGCUGGGACAGCCCCACCCACAGCCAGACACUUCCAGGAGAACCCCCACCAGCAACUGGCCACUAGCUCCUUCCUCCUGUUCUUGCUGACGGGGAUCAUCUCUGUGGCCUUCCUACUGCUCCCACUUCAGGAUGAACUUGGCAGCCAACUGCCUCGAGUCCUGCACGUCUCCUUAGGACAGAAGUUGGUGGCAGCCUAUGUGUUAGGCCUCCUAACCAUGGUGUUCCUCCGGACCUGAGCCCCCUGCUCAAACUGCCCCCCCCACCCCUGACCUGGGCAGGGACUUGAAACAACCACUGUGAUGCCCUUACCUUGCCUCAACUCCUUUCUUCACUUCUUGCCCACCCCACCCUCCACAAAAAUACCCAGGGAUUUGUACUCAUUUUCCAAGUUCAAUAAAGUACAUUUUUAAAAUGAAAAUGAGAAA